GCAUUACCUUAUCUUCACGAACUGUACAAUGCUUUUUACCCGAAUGAUACAAAAGUUUUACCCAUGUCUUUGUUAAUCUUUAUGGACGCUGUAACUUUAGCUCAUUGGAUUAUGUGUGACGGUUAUAAUGAAAGCAACUGUGGUUUAGUUUUAUGUACAGAUAAUUUUACAAUGCAAGAAGUUUGCACACUUAUUGGAUUUCUGCAUUACAACUUUGGUUUUAAUUUCCUCGCAACUGAAAAAGGUCACCAUAUAAUUUAUAUUACAGCAGCAUCAAUGUCAUAUCUUUGUUCACUGGUUGGACCACACAUGCAUCCUCAUUUUAUGUACAAAAUAAGAACUUCUUAG